AUGCCACUGUUCUCCGUGUGUGAUCUCUGGUGGCAGGAUGGGCCUUCAGACAAAGGAGGAUCUAGUCCCUCUGUCUUGCCAAUGAACCUUUCGGGCGGGGCCUUGUUGCGCUUCGUGCACCGGCAACAACAAAGUGGCUCCAGCCCGGCUCUCCCUUGGCGCCCCGGUGACAAAUACACCCCGCAGGUACCAAAGCUCUCAGCCCGCCAGGAACAGCCCCGGCUCUUCCGCAGUCUUCCUUCCGCCGCCCAAACGCAGGAAUGCAACCUUGUCUUUGUCCAGCCUCAGCCCCAAAGAAGCCGCCCCAAAGCAGGAGGAGGCCGGAGGAGGCAAAGGACCGUUUAUACAAAGGAGCAGCUCGAGCUUCUGAUCGAUGCCUUCGAAAAGGACCGCUACGCCGGCUACGAGACGCGGGUGGACCUGGCAGCGACGGCUGGAGUCGCCGAAUCUCAAGUGCACGUCUGGUUCCAGAACCGACGAGCCAGGGUGCGCAAGGCUCCCCAUUUGCAGAAGAAACCGGCUCAGAGGCGGGCUGCCGCGGCACCAAGCGGGGAGGCGAGCUGCCCGGGAAGGUGCCCGCAUCCUCCGGUGGCGCAAGGCAGCGAUUUCUCCUAUCCGGGCCGCGAGGGAGCGUUAUGGCAGCCGCCAGACCUUCCCGUGGGAGCGCCACAGUAUGCCUGGCAGAACCAGAACUCUCCGGCCGUGGAGCCCUUUCCUUUCCCCCAAGCGGCUGUCGGCGAGACCGGGGCUUGCGAUGCCGCCUGGGCCGGCAGCACCACCAGCGGCAGCAGCAACACGCUUCCCUAUUGUGGCGGACCGUUGCCGAGUGAACUUUCACCGCCAGGCGAAAGCCUCUAUUUCGCCUCGAGCAGCAAUCUCCCCUGGACUGUAAUGGGGAGCGAUCAAGCUGGAAGACCCUUGCAAAGGCUGCGGGAAAGUUAUCCCAGCGGGCAGCACAGGAAGGCUCCGGAUGCCUUUCCCUGUCCAGCUCAGUAUCCCAACUUCUUCUUGGGUCACCCAUAA